CGGCAAUCGCUGAGCUUCGGAAACAAGAUGUCAACACCGCUAGAAAAGUGUUUACAUCCAGCCAGAGCCUCCAAACACUUCGAAUCCAGCGAAACACAAGCAAGGCCUUCUAUUUGUUCUUGUUCCCGAUGUUCGCUCCUCAUAGCACACAGGUUAAUUUGUAGGACACAUGACUUUGUUAUCACGUUAGCCUAUCGAGUGCACCUUUGAGCUGGGAGGAUCUUGUGCGAUCAACCGAAACAAUUUCUUCGCUUUGCCACCGAGCUCUACUACGAGAAGGUCGGACCGAUCUGAAAGGUAAUCUGAGCAAUUUGAGGGGAUAAUCCGUGACGAGUGAGAGGUAAACCUCACUAGGCAAGCUACGUUUCAGCACCACUUCCGAGGUGUUACUUCACGCCUCGCUGAAAGGGAGGACCUAACUCCUAAGGAGCACGGGCGGACACGCUGCGGCUGAUCAGCUACCAGCAGGCUAUCGCUGGAGGCAGUGGACACGGGAGCGGAUCCACCGACUGAUCUACCGCCUCGGCAAUGGAAACAAGGGAAGUCAAUGACUUGACUGUCAACGUGUGCAAAUGGCGUCCGCAUGGGAAAGUCCCGUGUUCAUUGGCCUGCUCAGCAGAAUGGUCAAAACGUUCACUCCAGCCCCGCUGCGUAUCGAGUGUGAGUCUAAGGGACUGAUUAAAUGCACACAACGUCAGGGCUUCGCCGCGUUAGUCGGUCCUGCUGCCCAAAAUGAGGCCCUGCUGGACGCUUUGCGAUCUGGAGAUGACGAGUCUUUCCAUGUGUUCCUGGAGUGCAUCCGUGACGUAGAGCCGGAAGCAAGCGUCAGGGAGAUCUUGGCAAAGCUAGACGGCGUAGACAAGCUGCGGACAGCUGGUGGUGCGAGGGCUGCUGAAGCUGCUGGAAUGCUUGCUGCCGGUGCUACACUUGAUCGUCCUACUGCAAUGCAGUCACUGGACGGAUGCACGGACGCCAGCGCAGGCUCAGGUAGGCUAACUGGUGUGCCUGUCACGACUGAACGAUUGCGUGCCGAUGAAGAUUUGCUCAGUGAGUAUGCUGCCAUGCUAGUGGGGCAGUGCGAUGAACUGAAAAGUCAAACAGCGCUGCCGGGGCUUAAAACAAAGCGGGGUCAUCGCGUUGACGUCAGAAAAUUCUUCACGCACGUACAGGCCGUAGCCAUUGGUGAAGCCGAGGCUAGCUAUGAAACUUCUCAAGACAUAGCAGUUCACAAUACGUUACCCCAGGCCCACCGCGAGUCUAGUUUCCCGAUAGUGAAUGCAGUCCAAGUCCUGCAAACUGAACCAACAAUCGCAAAUCCAGAGCACCUAGACCUGGAAAAGAGCUCCAUGGUGGUUUCACCAGCAGGUAGUGGUAAGACCACACUGUGUCAAAUGAUCUUGGCACAGUACUGUGAUCCAUCACCGAGUAUGUUGAAGAGCCGGUGUCGCUUUCCCAUCUACAUCUCUUGUCGGAACGAUAGACAACGUCUGUGCAGCACUGACUGGUGUCACUUUCUUGCGUUGGAUGAUCAAUCGUUGGAUUUCAGCACUGGCGAGCAGCACCGUGUGCUGAAGGUUCUGCGCCAGAAUUCCGAUAGCCUUCUUCUGAUCGUCGAUGGCCUAGACGAAGCAGGUUUCGACGAGUUCCCUGUCCAGAGUUGCUUCAGAGAGACAGCAUACAGGAAGCGCAAGGCAUUCGUUGGAUCACAUCUUCUGCUGACGGGUCGGCCUUGCAAACUGGCGUCAACUCUGGUUGAGCACUGUGAUGCUUUCUUUCGCCUCACAGGCUUCAGCCAGGCACAGCUAGAAGGCUUGUUUUGCCAAAUCCUGGGUGAUCCCGAAGGCAGAAAGUGCUGGUCAAGUCUUCAGGAAGAAGGCAUGGAGCAUGUGAAGGAAGCCGCCUUGAGCAUACCGCUGAUGGCAGCCCUAGUGUGUGAGUUAUAUUACUCCCGUCAUCAAGUUCUACCACGUUGCAGCGCUUCACUCUACGGUCAGUUUCUUGACAUGAAUACAUCAAAACGGCACGGCAAUCUACAACUAUAUGCACAAAAACAAGAUCCUACCUUGCAGAGCCAAGUGCCUACUUAUGCCAUCAGGGGUCAAUUGAGUCACCCCGUGAACCGUCUUUCCAACAGCAGGGCGGAAAAUCCUCACCGCUUGGCUAAGUCCAAACUGGUCAGCGGUAGCUUUCAGGAUAGGUUUGGUGAGGCCGCCUUGAAAAGCCUCAGAGGGAAGACUUCCUUAAUUGCAACUCGUCUUCUUUCCGCUGAGCAAUUUGAAACAGCAUGUGACCUGGGACUGCUGACAUCUACCGAACGAUCACAUGUUUCGGAGAAAUAUUCCUUUCUCCACCAAACCUUCCAUGAGUUCUUCGCUGCACACUGGCUGGCACAUCAACAGGAUCCUGGCCAUUUGGCAAAGAUCUGCGCACAGUCUGAUGAGAUUGGUGUGAGUGAGGCAACUCGUCCGUUCUGGAAGUUUGUCUGUGGACUCGUCCCUGUCCAGCACUUAGCAAGCAUUUUCAAAUGCAUACGAGAUGCUAUGAAAGCUGCAGCAGUCUGGCCAGCAAACAUGAAUCAAUUUCUCUUAGCCUGCUUCACUGAAGCUUCGGAGAGGUGCAGACAAAGCGGACUCAACGCAUCUCCAUCCAGCCAGCGAAUUGAGCAGCAACACCUCGUUACAGCUGCACGGUGUGUAUGUGCUGAGUGGCUAGACCUCAAUGGCAUAGAGCUGAGCACAUUAGACGGGUUGUCACUCAAGGACCUUCUUGUUACCAUCGGCCAGUUAAAGGCACUGAACCUCUCUGGUUCACUGUUGGGAUUCAGACAUGUGGGAGCCGCCUUAGUGCAGAAUGUCACCACCCUGGACCUGAACGGCGUCAGUCUCCAUGGUGAUCCCAUCACACAGCUGUCUCACUGGCUGUGUACUACUGAAAGCAGGCUAACAGAUUUACAUCUCCCCAGCUGUGGCUUUCAAACCACCGACGCCUCAGCUAUUGCACAUUGCCUUCGCUCUCAACAGCUCAGAUGUAUUAGUCUCUUCCGCAAUGCCUUCAGCAAAGAAUUCCUGUCUCAAGUGGUAGAGGCCAUGCAGGGCUACAGCAGCUCAGUAGUGGCACUUUGGCUAGGUAGGUGCUCUCUUCCUUCUGGUUGUGGCGAGCUAAUUGCCAGCCUGGUGGAGUUAUCACCUCGACUUACUAGACUGAGUGUGGCGGGUAACCACAUCACUUCCCGGGAUGCCACCUUAGUCUUGGAUACAGUGAAGAGUCGGGAUCAAAUCCGGAUUUCAUUCUCUGAUAACCAGCUUGACGAUUCCAUCGGGGAUUGUAUUUGCUCGAUUUUUGCAUAUCGCGCCACUUCCCAAGACCGCCUUGACACCCCCACUGCAAACCAGCAGGGCAUGGGCUAUUUCAGAGUAAAAUUGGCAGGAAAUUCCAUAAGCUUGGAAUGCCUUCAGAAGGUUGCACAGUGCGGGAUGAUGGCUGCAACAGACUGGGUACUCCACAACAUGCACUGUGUGGAGAAUGGACAGGUAAUCCACAGAGGUGGACACAUUGUGCAGGCAACUAACGGACACACUGUCGACUUUAGAGAAUGGUGUAUUGGAGAUGAGGGCAUUGAUUAUUUAGCACCCACAGUAUCUAAGAGUACGGACAUCCGCCUACUGGACUUGGACCGCAACCAUCUGAGUUCUGCUGGAGCACUUCAGCUAGCCAACAUCGCACUCGCCCACAACACCACCCUGCAGGUACUUGAUCUACGCAGCAACAAGAUUGAAGUGAGUGGACUUGUGGCCAUUUUGGAGGCAUGUUGCCUGCCCACUUCCUCCUUAAGAGCACUGUACAUUGAGGGUAACCCAGUUUUUGCAGCAUGCGAUGUCAGCCACACUGAAAUGCACAAGCUGUGUGGCAUCCUGCCACACACCAGUCAACUGCGCCAUCUUGGCUUGGCGAGGACAGAGAUGAGGAGCGAAAUUGCCUGUGCUAUUCUCAAGGCACUCAAGACGAAUACAGCUCUGUCAUUCCUCGGCCUGACCGGUAACCACCUAGGUGACUGUGUGGCUAGUGCACUUGCCAGCCUCCUGCCGAGCAACGACUGUCUGAAGAGAGUGACACUGUGUGACAAUGACCUCACAAUGGCAGGUGCAGAGAUCCUUCUCAGCUCACCUAGCAUUCGCAAAAUGCAGUGCAUCUGGGUCAAGGGUAACCCACAUCUGUCGAUUAGAAAGCUUCGUCGCCCGCUAACAUGGAGUUCGGUACGCGUUAAAAUGUCUACUUUCCUAGAUACACAUCUACAAUGAAGUACUGAGCACUGUGACAGGCUCUAAAGUGUAAUGUCAGACUUGGCGGUAUCCGAGUGCCGCUGAUUUAUUUUAUGCCUGUAUACAAAGAAGAGAAUACUGCUGACACCUACAUGUAUAAAAUCUUGAAAGUUGAGCCAAUAGUAGUAUGGAAAGAGAAAAGUCAUAACUAGCAACUUAUAGGUUCUUUUCUCUUACCUACAUGUAUAUUCUGCUUAGCUCUUACCUACAUGUAUAUUCUGCUUUGCUCUUACCUACAUGUAUAUUCUGCUUUGCUCAUCAAGAGCUUUCCAGGAUGCCAACGAUUGUGAAAGUCGGAUAAUUAGAGCUAAAGUUGUGCCCUGAAUACGGUACGAAUUUCUCAUCGGUCUGUAUCCAUGCCAUUUAGGAUGGACGUUUAAGUCUGGCAUUCCUACUCUCGCUUUCUUUCCCUUUUCAACUCCCUCAACUCGCUGUUUUAUAUUAUGUAACUCCAUUCUACCGCACUGACUUCAGGUGAAAAUGCGAACCGAGCGCUCAUUCUGUUUGCCGGGACAUCCCUUUCCGUGGUGUUCGGUGGCCAUGAUGAUCACGGUAGCAUGUCCAGUUGUCAUGGCUUUGUUGUCAUGGCUUUGUUGUCAUGGCUUUGUUGUUAUGGCUUUGUUGUCAUGGCUUUGUUGUCAUGGCUUUGUUGUCAUGGCUUUGUUGUCAUGGCUUUUGCUCAAGCGCUAUAGAUUGUCUACAUGUAUGCUAAAAUAAUUUUUUGUGGUGGCUGAAAAUCAAUCCCUUUUAAAACCAUUACUCUUUCCUCUGGGGCUAAGCUAUUGCCCUCGGAUCUAUUUCUUUCUAAUCAUUUAAUUAUGGGUAUUACUCUCCUUGACAUUCACCUUGUUGAGCACUUUCGGUUGGCUGCUCUAGUCCU